GCCGAGAAACCAUGGAGCGCAACAAGACGCGUUGGAGAGACUCACCAAGCGGACGGAAAAAGUGCCAGUUUCUGAGCUGUCUGUAAGUCACUUUCAGCGACAGUCGACAGAUUUUGCUUCGCCAGUAGGUGGACAUUGAGUUUUCCUAAGCGUGCGUAAAUUGACUGGAGAGGUCUAGGAAAGAAAAUAGUCUUGGAGUGACCAGCAGCUACCAAAGAACGGGAGGAAAGGAGGAGUAAAAAAGCGCUCGAAGGAGGGACGAGUCCUCGUUGGACAGAAAUGUACUCUGUCUCAUUAUUUCACACUCAUUUGGACAUUUUAUGUGUUUUGGGGGAAAAGUCGCUGGUGUGCGUUGCGUAAAACCCCCAGACUGCUUUCAUGUCUCAUUCCGUUAGGAGGAACAGUUACUUAUCUCCAAGGAAAGUGUGAGCGGAGCUGAGAUUUCUGAAAGAAGGAGGCACUGGGCUAAAACUGAGAAGCAGACACUGAACAGUUACGAACCAUGGUGAAGUUUCAUAACUCGGACCUAUGGAUAGCCUGGAUGGUCAUUUUCUGCAUGGAGGGUUCAAGGUUUGAUCUACAAACAGGGAAAGUGUACGUGCGGGCGCUGGAUGUGACGGUGUCCCAAAGCAGUAUCCAGGUGGCCCGCGGCCAAGCAGCCGUCCUGCCCUGCUCCUUCACCACCAGCGCUGCCCUCAACAACCUCAACAUCAUCUGGAUGGUGAUACCACUGUCCAAUGCCAACCAGCCAGAACAGGUGAUUAUUUACCAGGGCGGCCAGGUAUUCAGCCUAGCCAACCACCUCAAUGGCCGUGUGGGCUUCGUGGCUACCAUGCCAAGUACAAGUGCCUCCAUCUUCAUCAACAACACCCAGCUGUCCGACACUGGGACCUACCAGUGCCUGGUCAACAACCUCCCAGACAGAGGGGGGCGCAACAUCGGGGUCAUUGGGCUCACCGUGUUGGUGCCCCCCUCGGUGCCAGCAUGUCGAAUCCAGGGCACUCUGGAUGUAGGCAGUGACAUCAUGCUGAUCUGCAGCUCAGAGGAAGGCAUCCCGACGCCGUCCUACUCCUGGGAGAAGCUGGACGCGCUGCCCAAGCUGCCGCACAACGCCAUGCAAGAUCAGAUGCAGGGCACUGUAACAUUGAGAAACAUCAGCACCAGCACCUCAGGACUCUACCAGUGUACCUCCAGCAAUGCCAUCGGCAAGAGCACCUGUCUGCUCAACCUGCAGGUCGUAGCACCCCAGCCUCAGAGUGUGGGUCUGAUAGCGGGCACCAUCGCUACAGGAGUCCUAGCUGUCAUCAUCUGUUCCCUGUUAGUGGUGGUCACGCUCUUCUACUGGAAGAACAAGAACAAAUACGACGAGGAGGAGAUCCCCAAUGAGAUCAGAGAAGAUGACCUUCCUCCCAAGAGGUCAUCAUCAGUGAAGGCUUUCCAUGCAGACGCCUCAUCCUCAGAGAACGACACGCUGACAUCCACCAACACCUACAACAGCCGCUACUGGCACAACCCCAAACCCAACUACGACACCAACUCCUACACCCGCUACAACGGAGACACUCGUCAGACCUUCUCCACCGCUGCUCACGCUGCACAUGGACACGGACAGGCCCAGAACGCAGGCCACGGCCACAGUACAGUGGUCACAGCACCAGGCUCAGCUCCGCUGUCCCGCCAUGCGCAGCCCACAACAGCAACAACGACAGCGUUCGCCAACGGCAGCCACACACUCCCACCACCCAAGACUCUGGUGGUCACCACAAACUCUGCCCCGUCCCCUCCCGCCAUGGUGCGCAGCAACGGCUCUGUGAGCCUCAAACCGGUGGUGACUUCCACACACGGGCAGCACACACACUCCUACGCCGUGAGCCAGGCCACGCUGGAGAGGAUGGGGGCGGUGCCUGUCAUGGUGCCAGCCCAGAGCAGAGCUGGCUCGCUGGUGUGAAAUCCCAUUUGGUAAACUGUUAGCUUUGAAAACAAGACUAAAAACAUGCUUGUUUUCUUGUGAUGUUUGGAACCCACUGAUGAAGAACAGACCGAAUAUGGGCUGAAGCAGCCCGCUGCCCUUUACGACUUCGUCACAACCUCUUUAUCUCAAAACAAACUUGGAUUUCACAGUGCAGAGUUCAUUUAAUGCCAAUUCCCUGAUGGACGGGACCCUUUAUUUUGUAGAUGAGCAUUACAUGGAAUCUGAUCAUCCCCUUAUUGGAUGGAUUUUCCUGGCUGGUGUGGUGGGAACGAUUUUUCAACCACUUUAAUUUCACAAAAGUGGAGGGAAAUUUCCUGCAGAACCUGGAUUCCCACAUCUUUUUCAGGGCUGGAUCAUUGUGAUGAUUGUGGGUUUUUGUUUUUUCUUUUUGUUCGGACUCAAAGCAACACAAGGCAUUUUCAUCUCAAUGUGUCCACACUGCACGGUCAGACAGAAGCAAGCUCGGAUUCCCACAUAAAUGCAUGUGUCUGUUGUUUUAGGAUAACAAAUUAAGUCUGUAUUGUUUCCAAUAAUUUCAUUGUCACAGUUGUAAUUUUGGUUGAUAGUUGUGAUGAGGGUUAUGCAUUGAAACAGUGAAUGUUUAAACGUCUGUUGGGAGGAACCUAAAGAAUAAAAGGGUGUUGGGAGAAAUGGCCUUAGAAGCAUAUAGAGAGAGGGGUUUUAUGGGUGCAAUACAUCGCAUAAUAUACUUUAAUUCAUUGAAUGCAAACAUUUUAAUUACGUUUUUGCACUUUUCAGAGCAUUUUUAUAUCAAAACUGCUGUCUUACAAACAAUAACUCAGUCUUACUAAUUACAAGCUUUACCCAAACAACAUAUAUCAAAACUCUGCACAUACAGAAUACUGAUGAUAUUUGAAGAUAGCACAAGCACUGGAUUUUCACAACAGAAAGCUACUGUCCCCCGAUUUAAACUUGAACCUGCUGAUGGAUGGUGUCGUAGUCUUCGCUGUGUUCAUCCUCUCUGUUGUCCUGAUCUGGUUGAUGUCACAUCAGUGCUGCUUUCAGAAGUCGUGGGUAAGAGGAUGUCUUAUUUCAUAAAUGCUUUAUAAAGAGACAAAUAUAUAUUUAAAGGUGAUUUUUUUUUCUCCCCUUGACAAAGGCUAACACCUAUUGUUUUUUUUUACUGUACAUAUUGUAACUACAACAGUAGGCUAGAUUGUGAAUCAAAGAAAAUACAUGUCUGACUGAUACAUAUUCUACAACUCAUGUGUCUUAACUUUAAAACGCUUCUUUUUGUUACAUUAGACGACAAACUGGAUUUGAUAGUCUGUUAUUGGUUUAAAAUGAAGGGAUGCUUUUUUAAUAUUUUCAUUUUCUAAUGGUUAUUGCCAUUUCAUUACGAGGUCUGAGGUAAAUACAGUAUGGUUUAAUAUGGAUGGCCAUAUGUGUUACGAUUAAUAAUAGACACCUAUGCUGUAUAUGGUAGUAUCACUGUGUUUCUGACCUGCUGUAUUUGUAUUUUAACCAAAUUUCACCACUCUCUGACAAACUGUUACAGUGUUCCCAAAUUUGCAAUCAUUUCUCAUUGUGCAUUUAUGCGCAAUACUAAUAAUUUCUAGUAGCUAUGAUGCAAUACUUCAUACGGCAAUUAUUUGUGUGUUACAUGCUGUAUUGAAAGGUGUUUUAUUCUUUGAAAGCAAUUCCUCUUUAUGUCUAAUAUGAGUUUUAAUUAAAUGUGCUGUUUUGGCAUUUCGAGUCUUACCGAGACAAAUUUGUGUGCUAACAUUACAAAAAGUGCUCAAACACAUAUAAUCUCAUGAUUUAUUGUGGAAACUUUAUUUUUCUCUUCUUUUCUUUUUUUACAUUUAUAUUAUUUAGUUCAUACCAGACAACUUCACUGACUUUACAGAGUACUUUUUUUAAUGUAGAGACUGCUACAUUUAUAUGUCUUCAGGUUGUUUCCUAGAAGGUGUUAUAUUACACUCAAAAUAUUAAUAAUUAAAUUAGAAAAUUAAAAUUUAAAAAAAGGGAGGGUUGGCAGCGAGUGUAGAGUGGAAUUAGCUUAAAGGAGAAGUUCGGUAUUUUGCACUUUGAGCCCAAUUUCUGGGUUGUUUAUGAUGAAAUAGAGUGGUUAAGACCAAAAUAGUGACAAUUGCACAUUUUUGGAGAAUUUGGCUUUCCCCUGCCUGGCUUAACACUGCUGCCUAUGGCCAUGUGUGAACCUGUCCUAAAACCACCCUCAAAGUGGUUUCCAGCUGUGUUUUUGCUCUUCAUCUUGAUUGUGGAACUAGUUUUUUCAGCUGCCUCACACCCGUGUUUAAACUUACGCUUGAUCGUUCGUUUGACCCUGAAGCGUUAUACACUCCAGCCCACUUGAUGGCAAUAAUGCUUCUUUACGUGGGUGUCACCAACCGGCAGGAAACCAUUGCAAUGUAAUGGAACACAGAAAAGAAGCAGAAGAAGAAGGUUGGUGUUGUGUUCAAAGACAUCGUGCUGCGACGGAUGUUUACAAGCGAGUAAUCCAUUGGGCAGUUGUUUAAACUUAUUACAAAUUUUUUUCGUUCGUUCUCGUUCUUCCUCCAGGAGCGCACACGGCACUUUCGCUGAGCUAAAAGACUACAAUGACUAAAACCUUGUCGUGAACAACCCCCUUUCCGUUUCCGGUGGCGGAUCACUACCAACGGACAAUGAGGCUUCCUAUAGAAAACCAAUGGGGUAGACAAAAUGUCAAAUACAUCAUCAUGGAAACCAGUUUGCUACGAUUUUUAUGUCAGAACAUCAACGAACACCACUGACCACUUGGUGAGUUUUAUGGCUUUGAAAACGAACGUUCAGGGUGGUUUUAAGACAGGCUCACGCAUGGCCAUAGCAGCCAGGCAGGGGAAAGCUAAAUUCUCCGAAAGGGAGCAAUCGUCACUAUUUUGGUCUGAGCCACUCUAUUUCAUCAUAAACAACCCAGAAAUUGGACUCAAAGUGCAAAAUACCGGACUGCUCCUUUAAUAUAUUACACUAGAAAUAUAAAUAAACAGAAUGUUCUUUAAUCCCAACACAUAUUUGGAUAAUGUGCACAAUAAAUGAGAUGUACUUUUGUUUUAUUGAUGUCUUCCCAAAUUCACACACUUAUGGAGUGACAAAAUUCACCUACUGAGUUCAAGUCAGCACUGUUUUUGUGUCACAAUUCAUUGUCAGUGAUGUAAGCCUGCUGUUUCCACAGGCCUGGAUCAAACAGUAAUCCGAUUUUUUUUUUUUUUUGCCUGGAAGUCUUCUUAUAAAUGACUUCUAAUUUAAUAUCUGUAUUUUUUAAAACAAUUCACCAUGCCAGUGGUUCCCAACUGGUGGGUCGUGGUCCAAAAGUGGGUUGCUGGUCCAUUCUAUAUGGACCACAAAUGACUCGGGGAACACCUUAAACUUGUAAAAAACACAUUUUAUUUUGAAGUACAGUGAAUUUCUUGCACGUUUGAAGUGCAGUUUCCUGCUGUAGCGUGAAUAACUAACGGACAGCUAUUUGACAGAGACAGCAAACUAGCUGUGUGGACCUUGAACUAAUGACUACGGAGCAAUCUGGACCCCGUGGCUGGACCAGUUGGGAACCACUGCACUAUGCUCUCAUUUACUACAACAUGACCACUCCAGAUCAAUCUUAAAUAUGUUCGUCUUUGUACAUUUGACCCCAGUCUGGCCUCAGCUAUACUCCAGCUCACUAUUGUUGCAGACACAUUUAUUUAACUGUUUUUUAUAUCUCUCUUUUUUUGUCUCAAGGCUUUCUACUGUGUGGCAGAGCUACAAUACUUUGGUAAAAAUCCAUCUAAAACACACACACACACACACACACACACACACACACACACACUGAUUUAUGAUUUAUGAAUACAGUACGGCUCAAAAAGGUCAAAAGAUCAAAGAUCCCCUCUUUCUCCUCUUUUUUUAUGUCCAACAGUGUUUUUGAGAUAACAUAUUCUGUCUGUAGAUUCCACUCACCAUCUCUCCCAGUGUCCCUGCCCUGAGCACUGGCUUACAACAUUAAAGACGAACUUGUCUUCAAAGAUCUCUGGCUUUAUCCUUCCCAGAGAAAAUUUAUUUCAGGCUGGAAAAAGCUAAACUGAGAUUAUUUUACUCCCACUCUGCCCUCCAUUUGCAGGAGCAUCGGAGGAAAGAGAGUGCAAUCAGUAGAAAACUACUGAGGCUUUAACCCAGUUCAGAUAAACAUCUCAUCUUCUACCCUGGCCGUAGGCUGGCGUGUGGUACACAAGGUGGCAAAUGGGUUGUGUACAUAGAUAAAUAAGGACAUGUGAUAUAUUGCCAAUAGUAAAAACCAAUCUGUAAAUAUGUAUAAAAAUACAUCUUGUUCUUACUGUUGGUUUGAAAUGAAAUAGGAAAAAUAACACUGGAACUUGUAGUGAAUAAAUAUUGUUAAUACAUUCUA